AUGGCUACUUUACAAGGAUUUACUAUUCCUCAAACUCAAACUGCAGCAGUAGUACCAGCUAUUGGAGCAGAUCUUGAGAUCCGACCUUCUCAUCCGGUCAAACAAGCCAAGGAUCUCAAACCUGGAGAAUGUCUAGUACAUAUUUCUCAUACAGGUGUCUGUCACACCGAUUUACACGCUAAACAAGGUGAUUGGCCCGUUAAACCUAUGAACCCUUUGAUCGGUGGACAUGAAGGUGUCGGAAUCAUCGUUGCCAUAGGUGAUAAUACUCCAAACUCUCCUGUCAAAUUAGGUGAUAGAGUAGGCAUCAAAUGGAUGGCAGAUUCUUGUCUCAAUUGUGAAUUCUGUCGAAGAGGUUUCGAGAUGAAUUGUCCAAACGUUAAAUUAUCCGGUUAUACCGUCGAUGGUACAUUCUCCGAAUACGUGGUAUCAUACACCAACCACGUCACACCCAUCCCCAAAGAGCUUGAUUCAGCUGGUGCUGCUUCAAUUCUUUGUGCAGGUGUAACCACCUACAAAGGAUUGAAAGUCUCCAAUACCAAAGUAGGUGAUUGGGUUGCCCUUCCUGGUGCGGGAGGUGGUUUAGGUCAUUUAGCCGUUCAAUAUGCCAAAGCAGCUGGACUUAAAGUACUUGCCAUUGAUACCGGAGCAGCCAAAGAGAAAAUGGUUAAAGAACUUGGUGCAGACGCAUGGGUUGAUUUCAAGACUUCAAAAGAUAUCGUCGCAGAUAUCAAAGCCGCUACCGAUGGUCUUGGACCUCACGCAGCAUUAGUCACUGCAGCUCAUAAAUCAGGUUAUACACAAGCUAUUCAAUACCUCAGAGAAGGUGGUACUUUAGUCUGUGUAGGUAUGCCAGAUGCUGAAAUGGGUGCGAACCCAUUCUGGACCGUUUUUAAAUCUAUUAGAAUUCAAGGUUCUUAUGUCGGUACCAGACAAGACGCAGUCGAAGCUUUAGAUAUCGCUGCUGCAGGUCACGUCAAAGUCAUCUUUGAACAAAAAGAACUCAAAGAUCUCAAAGACGUCUACGAAGACCUUGAAGCUGGUAAAAUCGCCGGUCGAAUCGUCCUUGAAGUGUCCAAAGAGUAG